GAUGGGUGGGUGGGGGGGCACUCCACCUGGAUGAGAGUCACCUGCGGUGAGCCUCGCACUCUCGGAAGACGCCUAGCCGAGAGGAGCCUCUGGGGGAGGACUUCAUUUCGUUUUUUUCCUCAUUCCGCCCCGCCGGAGGCGAUUUUCAUUUCAACCCAAAUCCAGGAUUAGAUCAAAGACAAUUGCAUUUGUCUCUGCCGGACGGCAAAUGUAACAUGAUGCUCGUUUCUGCUGUGGUGGAUCGUGUCUUGUAUUAUUUUAUUCCCAGCCAAGCCACAGCGAGAUAGUGUGAGGAUUUAAUUUUUUUUCCCCAUUUUUCAUUUUUUUAAAAUUCAAAGUACAACGAUGCUGCUCUGCAGGAUCGUGUUUUUCGCUCUGAUCUGUCUCAGUUCUUCUGCUGCUUUCCGUAAUUCAGGUUGUAUGGGAGAGGAGUGCCACAAAGGCCCGACUCCUCCAUUUCCUCUGUUGGCCCCCGCUGAGGUCAAAUCCCAGGAGCCCUCUCAAGACUUCCUUGAUCAAUUUGCCCAAGGUAGCUUGCCAAACAACGGGGACCGUAAACACCGUGAUGCCAACGCCGUCAUGCCCUUCGUCGGCCUCACCAACAGCGCCGAGCAGAGUCGAAGCUGCUGUAAGAAUGGAGGAACCUGCAUUCUGGGCAGUUUCUGUGCUUGUCCUCCUUUCUUUACUGGUCGCAGCUGCGAAUACAACCAGCGCAUCAGGCGCUGUGGUCCGGUUCCACAUGGCGAAUGGGUGCGCAAGGGCUGCUCAUACUGUCGUUGUGGGUACGGUUUGCUGCACUGCUUCCCCCGCGUCUUCCACAAAGACUGCGAUGACUCCGAGGAGGUGCAGUGGUACCAUUCGUCUGCUGUCAGGAUACUUCAGUACAGCCGCGUGCUGAGUCUGACACCGCUUCUACUGUGUCUCCUCUUAUGAUGGGAGACAGAUAGAUUGAUAUUAAGGCUGGAUAGAAACGAUAGAUCUCCACAGCAGUCUGAGCUUCAAAUCUGUUUUUUAAAAAAAUAUUUAUUUUAUUCAAAGUGUCAUUCACAGAAGAUGAAAACCAUCUCUGGAAAACUGGAAGCCAGACGUUGUUCCUGAUGAGUGAACUCUUUCAAACCCUGAUGAGUAGCCAUAAAGUUCAGCGACUGGUGUGUUUUAUGGCCUGCGGAGCUGCCGGAUGACGCUGACGGACAUUUUUGGCAGGCAAGGCCAUGCGAUUAAUAUUAUGAAGUGCUUCUCAAUCGCAGGCUUUCAAAAUUUCCUUUGUGAACAGAAAUGAACACGCAAUGUUUAUUCCCAGACAUUCAACCACAAUCCAAAUUUGUGCACGUUUACCUGUGAGACAGCGCUACAUAAAAAAAGCUUGAUGAAAAUGAUCUCAUUUUGUUAUAUUUUAUGUUGCAGGCUAUUUCUUCAUGAAGGAAAGAUAAAACGUUUUUGUCUUCGGUUUGCACAAGGGAUAAAUGAAUGUGUCAUGUGAAUGAGGGUCGGAAGAAUUUUCAAAGUGUGAAAAUAGAACAUGUUUUCAACUAUCCCUCAUGCGUCACAUCUUUUCCAACUUUUUUUUUUUUGGGGGGGGUGGGGGGGGGUCAUUGCCGGCCAAAAAAAUACCCAUUCACUAAUACAAAGUAGUGUAAGAACUACUUACUGGUAGUUAUUACUUUUUUGUUUUUGUUUACACACUUAAUAGUAUUUCAAAGAGUAAGCAUUUCCCAAAUUCCAAGCUCUUUCCCCCAUGCAAGCGUCCCUUCCUCCUCCUCCUCUUAUCUAAUUUUCAGUGACAAGUCUCUUAUCUCCAGUUUGGUGAUGGCGCUUGAAUUGAAUCUCUGUUGCGUUCUUAUCUUAAACACGCGCAUCAGUUGUUGCUCUGCUUGUUGGCACGCUCAGUCUUAUCUUUACUUCAAUAAUGACGAAUAAAUGCAAAAGGUCACAUGUGGCCCACAAUCAUGUGAA